UUUAUGUAUUCUGUGGAGAAUCCUGCAUUCAGGAAGAAAUUAUCACCCCUCGAAGUGGCACAGCAUGGUCCUAGAUUCACAGGUGUUGGGGCUCAAAUUCUCGGUGCUUACGACAAGUAUAUAUGCCAAUACACUGAAGAGUCUCAGAAUUUCUGGGGAAGUAGGCAUGAACUCAUUCUAGGCAAUACUUUUACAGCCGUGGAAGGCUCACGGCCUCCGAAUAAGGAAGUUUCUCCACAGGAGUUUAACAAACGAGUUUCGGAAGGUUUUCAAGUGACCCCACUUUGGCAUCAAGGUUUUAUUCGUGAUGAUGGCAGGUCAAAUUAUGUGGAAACUAUGAAAUCUGCUCGGUGGGAGUACAGUACCCGUCCCAUCUAUGGAUGGGGUGAUGUGGGGUCUAAGCAGAAGUCUACGGCUGGCUGGCUUGCUGCUUUUCCUGUAUUUGAACCACAUUGGCAAAUAUGCAUGGCUGGAGGACUUUCAACUGGUUGGAUAGAGUGGGGUGAUGAAAGGUUUGAGUUUAAAGAUGCCCCAUCUUACUCAGAAAAGAACUGGGGUGGAGCCUUCCCUAGAAAAUGGUUUUGGGUUCAAUGUAAUGUCUUUGAAGGUGCAACUGGGGAAGUUGCUUUGACUGCAGCUGGUGGGUUGAGGCAAUUGCCUGGACUGAAUGAAACCUUUGAAACUGCUGCACUGAUUGGAGUCCAUUAUGGUGGUCGUUUCUAUGAGUUUGUGCCAUGGAAUGCGGAAUUAAGUUUCGAAAUGGCUCCAUGGGGUUUUUGGCAUAUGACUGCAGAAAAAGAGACUCAUCUGGUUGAACUGGAGGCAAGGACAACAGAUCCCGGUACACCAUUGCGUGCCCCAACUUCUGAAGCUGGCCUUGCUCCAGCCUGUAAAGAUACUUGCUUUGGUGAGUUGAGACUGCAAAUGUGGGAAAGAAAAUCGGAUGGCAGUAAGGGAAAGGUAAUUUUGGAUGUUACAAGUGAUAUGGCUGCGGUAGAAAUUGGAGGUGGUCCAUGGUUAACCACUUGGAAAGGGAAGACAAAUACACCAGAGCUGGUAAAAAGUGCACUCAAGGCCCCUGUUGAUGUGGAAACAGUUUUGGGUUUGGUCCCAUUUUUGAAGCCUCCUGGUCUAUAGUAAGCUCAUUAGAUACGUAAACACACACACAUACACACACGAGUUCACGGUUUGUGAACCAAGAUCAAAGCAUGCACAAGUUCCAAGGCAUGAUGGUUUCGAUUGAAGCAUGAACAGGCUUGGUGGCAGGAUGAUUUGUGCACAGACAUUUGAAUAUUUUUAUGAAGAAAAUGUGUGUAUAGUUGUUUCUA